AUGACGUCGUCGCCGCCUCCGGCCGCUGCGUCCGCGACGCACGAGGGCGCGCCGCUGGACCGCCGCGUGUUCGACUCGUGGGCCGACUUUGACGCGUACAUGGAGACGUACGCGCGGCGCACGUUUCAGCUCUUCCGCAAGCGCACGUCGACGUCCGUGAAGCUGCGCAAUCGGCGCGUGGCCGACCGGCGCGCGGCCGACGCGAAGAAACCGCAGCCGCUGGCGGCCGCGAGCGCGCCGCGGCUCAUCCCCGAGCGGUACGCCAACUACUCGCUCACGCUCGUGUGCACGCACAGCGGCGCGUACGUCUCGCGCGGGACGGGCCGCCGCUCGCGUCAGGACGUGCGCGCGACGCACUGCCACGUGCAGGUGAACGCGUGUCUGAAACUGGCCGACCCCGUGGCGAACCGGUACCAAGUGACAGUGACGCGCGCGCUCUUGACGCACAACCACCGCGUGGACCAGGCGACGUUCCUGCAGUACAGCAACACGCGGCUGAAGCUCUCGCACGAGCUCCUGAGCGGCGUCGAGCUCAUGCGGCAAACGGGUGUCAAGCCCAAGGACGUGCGCAAGUACAUUAUGGAGCACUCGAGCUGCGUGCCCACGCCCAAAGACGUGCAGAACAUCCUGCACCGACUGCGCAGUCAGGAGGACGCGGCACGAGCUGCUACGGCUGCUACGGCUACUGCUGUUGUUGGUGCUGCUCCGACUGCAACUGCUGUGCACGCGGAGCUCAAGCAGAUGCACGACGGACAAGAGGUCAAGAACGAGAACGGAAGCACUGAAGCGCUUGUGCCGUCGUCGGAGAAGGAGGUGCUGCAGGACUAUCGAGUGGCUUCGGCAGCCGCACUCGCGGACAGCGACGUACCGCACGUCGUGGACGCACCGACGCAGUCUCAGGUGGCCCGCGCGAUGGGGAACGCCGUUGCGACGCUGCUCGCGGACCUGCCAGCAGCCGAGUUUGCAGCCGCGAUCCGCGUGAUCGAAGUGGCGGCGCACAUUGUACGUGAUCGCGGUGAAGACCGACGAGCGGCCGCUGGAACCGAAGCGAGCGAAGAUACAGCGACGACCGGCGUCAACGUGGGCGGCAGCUGCGACACGUCGUGGGUUCGAGGUCUGUAG